AUGUGCUUCCGUGCAAAGGGCUGUAAAAGAAUUCUGGAAGACGACGCCGCUCCGACUUCUAUGAACAUCGUUGUCAAAAGUUUCUUUGCUCCCCAAGCGAGAGCGGAGCAAGAAGAGGAGUUUAUUAGUAACACCCUGUUUAAGAAGAUUCAAGCUUUGCAGAAGGAGAAAGAGACACUUGCGGUGAACUAUGAAAAGGAGGAAGAAUUUCUCACUAACGAGCUCUCAAGGAAACUGAUGCAGCUACAGCAUGAGAAGGCUGAACUCGAGCAGCAUUUAGAGCAGGAGCAGGAAUUCCAAGUCAACAAACUGAUGAAGAAGAUUAAAAAACUGGAAAACGACACCAUUUCCAAGCAGCUGACUUUGGAGCAGCUAAGACGUGAGAAGAUUGACCUUGAAAAUACACUAGAACAAGAACAAGAAGCAUUAGUGAAUCGCCUCUGGAAGAGAAUGGAUAAACUUGAAGCAGAAAAACGAAUUCUACAGGAGAAAUUAGACCAACCCGUGUCGGCUCCUCCAUCACCAAGGGACAUAUCAAUGGAGAUAGACUCCCCAGAGAACAUGAUGCGGCACAUCAGGUUUCUAAAAAAUGAGGUGGAGAGGUUAAAGAAACAACUGAGAGCAGCACAGUUACAACAUUCGGAGAAGAUGGCACAGUAUUUAGAGGAAGAACGUCACAUGAGAGAAGAGAAUUUGAGGCUCCAAAGAAAACUGCAGAGAGAGAUGGAACGAAGAGAAGCCUUGUGCAGGCAGCUGUCGGAAAGCGAAUCAAGCCUGGAAAUGGAUGAUGAGAGAUACUUUAACGAGAUGUCUGCACAAGGAUUAAGACCUCGCACUGUGUCCAGUCCAAUCCCUUACACACCUUCACCAAGUUCUAGCAGACCUAUAUCACCUGGUCUCUCAUAUGCAAGCCACACAGUUGGUUUUACUCCCCCAACUUCACUCACCAGAGCCGGCGUGUCUUAUUAUAACAACCCAGGCCUUCAUGUGCAGCACAUGGGACCAUCCCAUGGCAUUACAAGGCCUUCACCACGAAGAAGCAACAGCCCUGACAAAUUCAAACGCCCCACUCCUCCUCCUUCUCCAAACACGCAGACCCCGCUGCAGCCUGCUCCGCCCCCUCCGCCGCCCCCCGUGCAGCUGCCGGUCCAGUCAUCAACCUCCCAGUCGGCCUCUUUUCCACACUCAAUGCAUCCUUCAUCUCAGCCUUAGUGCACGCGCUCAGCAAAUCUGUCUUCAGAGUCGGACUCAUGACACCGAGCAGUUUACUACAAGCCAAAGGCUUACAGCGGCAUAUUCGGAUUUUACUUAUUUGCACUGAAGUUUCUCGAGGCUUCACUGUUUAAUUGUGUUGUACAUGUUUUGGGGAG